UAGAGUUAAUAUUUAGUGUCGACCGUGAAAUGCAUCACAAAUGAGAGACAGAAGGAGGACAGCGGACAGAGUGUGAGCAGGAAAGAGAGAAAAGUCUCGUCGACACAGUUGUUUUCUGAGUGAUUCAUCUUCUUCACCACCUUCAUCUUCAUCUCCACCAUCAGCCAUGUCGGUUCUUCCUCUGCGGGUGAGAAUGUUGCGGCAGGUCUGGAGGUUGAAGGGCGUCAUCAUCCUCGUCUGCAGCCCGUUUCUCCUGCUGCCGCUCGCUGUCAGCACCACGGAAGCGGCCUGUGCUUAUGUCAUCGCCCUCAUGGCGGUGUACUGGUGCACUGAGGUGCUGCCGCUGGCGGUGACGGCGCUGCUGCCGACCAUCCUGUUCCCCGUCCUCGGCAUCAUGCAGUCCAAAGACGUGUGUAUGCAGUACCUGAAGGACACCAACAUGCUGUUUGUCGGGGGGCUGAUGGUGGCCGUGGCCGUGGAGCACUGGAACCUCCACAAACGCAUCGCGCUCCGAGUUCUGCUGCUGGUCGGAGUCCGACCCGCCCUGUUGAUGUUGGGGUUCAUGGGAGUGACAGCCUUCCUGUCCAUGUGGAUCAGCAACACAGCCACCACCGCCAUGAUGGUCCCGAUCGUCCAGGCCGUCCUGGACCAGCUCCACGGCAAGGUAGACCCUGAACCGUCCUCCAAGAGACAGAAAGAGAAGGUCGACGUACACCAGGAACAUCAGGAGAGAACCAACAGCAUCCUGCAAACUGCCGAUCCAAACAUCCUGGAGAACGGUGCGGUGGACGGAGGUCUGGAUGGAGCAAUAUCAACACAAGGCAACUCAGAGAAAUCCAGCAACCAACAAGACAGCGUCUCCUCAGAGCAGAAAGUGUCUCAGGACAGACCGGAGAUCGUCAAACCGACACCUCAGGACAAACCCCCAUCCGACUGCAGCAACAGUGGACCUGUGGUGGUGAACGUGGAGAACGUCUGCUGUCAGGUGGAGUCGGAAGAGCUGAGCGGCGAGGAGGACGAAAGGAGGCAGAUGAGUAAAGGACUCCUGCUGUGUGUUUGCUACGCCGCCAGCAUCGGAGGCAUCGCCACUCUGACGGGAACCGGACCCAACCUGGUUCUGAUGGGACAGAUGAGCCAACUCUUCCCUCAGAACGGUGACGUGGUCAACUUUGCGUCCUGGUUUGCGUUCGCGUUCCCCACCAUGGUGCUGACGCUGACGCUGGCCUGGUUCUGGCUGCAGUUCCUCUAUAUCGGCUGCAACCUGCGGAGGACGUGGGGUUGCGGGAUGGAGCAGUCGGAGAAAGAGCGAUCGGCGUACGAAGUGAUCAGAGAAGAGCAUCGCCGGUUGGGACCCGUGAGCUACGGAGAGGUCAGCGUCCUUUCACUCCUCAUCCUCAUGGUGGUGCUGUGGUUCACAAGAGACCCGCGCUUCAUGGACGGUUGGGCCACACAUGUCUUCAAUGCCAAGGCCGAGUUCGUCACUGAUGCGACCGUCGCUCUGUUUGUUGCUUUUUUGUUGUUUGUUUUUCCGUCUGAGCCGCCGCGCUUCCUCUGCUGCUGGAGGAGCUCCUACACAGAGCCCCAGGUGUCCCGAGGCCCCGCCCCCGCUCUGCUCACCUGGCAGGUGACUCAGAAGAAGAUGCCCUGGAGCAUCGUGCUGCUGCUGGGAGGAGGCUUCGCUCUGGCCAAAGGCAGCGAGGAGUCCGGUCUGUCCCGGUGGCUUGGCUCUCAGAUGACGCCUCUGCACUCCAUCCCUCCGUGGGCGAUCGCCGUCGUCCUCUGUCUUCUUGUCGCCACGUUCACCGAGUGCACCAGCAACGUCGCCACGGCAACACUCUUCCUGCCCAUCCUGGCCUCCAUGUCUCAGUCGAUCGGUGUGAACCCUCUGUACGUGAUGAUCCCCGCCACGCUCAGCGCCUCCUUCGCCUUCAUGCUGCCGGUGGCCACGCCCCCCAACGCCAUCGUCUUCUCCUACGGCUACCUCAGAGUGUCGGACAUGGCUAGAACCGGCGUGGUGAUGAACGUGAUCGGGAUCGGCUGCAUCACUCUGGCCAUCAACAGCUGGGGCCGCGUCCUGUUCCACCUCGACACCUUCCCCUCCUGGGCCAACGCCACGGCCGCCGUCUGAGGCGCCGACCGCUGCUCGUCUUCACCAUCAGGUCUCAUCACUUCCACACAGAAUGUUUUUUUUAUUUUCUAAUGUUCUCACUGCAGCUGCUGGUUCUGAGCCUCCAGAACAUCACCGUGAUGUUUGGAUGAUGUUUGUUAAAGCUGAAACACACCUGUAGCAGAAACAUGUUCAGGAACAACCCUCUGAAGAAUAUGUUUUCUUUCAAAGAUCAGCAAAAAGCUUAUGUUUAUCGUAGAAAGAAACUGUAAAACCAGACAUUAUCGUCAGAGUUUGAACUUUCCGACGGUCCUUGAACGCAUCAUCAGUUACUUAAGUUUCGGUUAUAAAAAGUGACCAAAACUUGUGUUAAAAUGUUGAUAGUUGUGGCAGAAUCACUUUACUCUACAUGUC